GACAUACACAUACACAUAUGCAUCUCACAUGUGAGUCAUUUGGUGGAGGCCCUGCACAGAGGUGGACAUGAAUAUAUUAUCCGCAGUAUAGCACAGACAUAGGCCUAUUUUACCUCUACAGUAUAUUUUUACAAUGCUGUGCCACUCAGGACAAACGAUGAGUGACUGUGUUGAGUGAAGCACCCUGCUCCUCAGCUGCUGCUACUCUGUACUGGGCUAAAACUGAGGGUGUGGCCUCUGAACUGAAGACACUGUGAGGAGGACUACAAUAAAUCCAACUUUAAAUUAUUGGGUUUUUUUACCUAUUGAUUUAUCCAUGAAACCAACCAGCUCAGGCAGUGCCCAGAGGAUUAUUGAAAGGCUGUAUUUUUCCUGCUAAAAAAGGUUUAUUGACAACUUGGCUCAUCUAGAGGGCACUGCUGCUCUCCUCUGUUGCUGCUGUCUCCUCUUGACCUCUUACCCUACCACCAUCAGCUGCCUUCAGUCAGUAUGAUGUCAGAUGAAUACCUGGUGGACUGUAACAUUGAAGAUGGUGAAGAUGAGGAGGAGGAGGAGGAUGAUUAUGCAGCUGAGGAGAUGAAGCUGUAUCUUGUAGCACCUCCCCCUCCCCCACCCCAGUUCUCCUCCUCCACCUCCUCCGUGUCCAUCACACCAGAGCAAUCGCUUCAAGACUUUGGCUCAAGGGAUCCCCACGGAGUCAACAAGCACCUUCAGGUAGAGUUCAGUGAUGUUUUAGCAGAGCCUGUCUCGACCCACACCUAUGACCGCGUGUGGGUGUACAGUGGCAUUGGGUUCAAGUCUGCGCGGAUCUGGAGCUACCGCUGCCUGACCGUGCUGUGUGCCGUCCCCGUGUCCCUACUCUCAGGCCUCCUCUUUGCCCUGCUUGCCUGUCUACAUAUCUGGUGUCUGAUGCCCUGUAUUCAGGUAUUUCACACGUGCCUGCCUUGUCUGCGGUCUCUUUGGAUGAGUGUAGUCCAUAUAUUCAUCAAACCACUCUGUGAAUCUGUUUCUCGCUGCUACACUAGCCUUUACGUCGCCCUCUCCAAGGACUAACUAACAUGAGGUGGUGAUGGAGGCCUUUCCCCGGCUUCUCUAAAAUGUGUCCGAAAAGUAGGCCUUGGGUGCCAAUGUUGUGUUUGGGAUCUUUAGAGUAGGCCUACAUGGACCUACAAAACAUGGAAUAUGCUUGAAAUGUUACUGUUACACAACAGGCUUAUAUACAAUGUAUUUUAAGUGAAUUACACUAGUGUUUAGAGGUAGGGUGCGCACAUCCACAAGUAGUUGUCCAGGUGCCAGACAAAAGGUAGUAGGUAGUGUGAUGAAGCGGUCUGCACACUGUGUAUUAACUCCAAAAAUACUUUAUUUCAUUUUUACAUACGGCAACGUUUCGAUCCAGCAGAGGGAUCUUCCUCAGGCAAUGAGAACAAUGGUCUGAGUUGACUUAUAUCACAUGACCUACAGGUAGGCCACCUGGCAGAAAGGUGAGCGCACCCUAAGGUGACAAGUGGCAUAUCAUGCGCCUUGACGCACUGGCAUACAAAAUCAAGACCAGUGAUCACAACCGGUGGUCAGAAGAAAACAAAAAAACAAAAACAGAAAAACAAAACAGAUUAAGUGAAUUACACUUGCCAGAACUGAAGCUGCACCUGUGCAUAAUGUUUUGUUUGUUGUUUAUGACUGUGUCUAUGGCUGUAUCAUGUCAUGUUUUCUUGCUAUAGAAGGAAACUUCAGUGUGCAUUUUGUAUUCUUCAUAAAAUAAAUGAUGGA